GCGUGGAAACAUUAAUUUCUUUUUCUCCAUCUUUUCCACUUUUUACUUGCUCUUUCCAAACUUUCAUUUGUUUUAGUUGAAUAAAAAGUUUACGAUGUUGUUUUAUUCUUUCUUCAAAUCACUGGUUGGAAAAGAUGUGAUCGUUGAACUGAAAAAUGAUUUAAGUAUUUGUGGAACAUUGGACUCAGUUGAUCAGUUCCUAAACAUUAAACUAACGGAUAUCAGUGUCACGGAUCCAGAAAAAUACCCACAUAUGCUUUCAGUAAAGAACUGCUUCAUUCGAGGCUCAGUCAUUCGGUAUGUUCAGCUACCUGCUGAGGAAGUUGACACACAAUUAUUGCAAGAUGCUACACGAAAAGAAGCCACCCAGACCAAGACUUAGCAUUUAGAUUGCUUUAAAAUGGUUGUGAGAUAAACUGACAUGUUCUAUACAGUAUAUACUUGUGUACAUUCUCUGAGGCCUGAAGUCUGGAAAGUGCAAGAGAGGUUGUAGUCAAUAGCAAGCUGAUGAUUAUGCAAAGGUCAAGUGCAAAGAGUUCUUCACUCAACUCAGACUUGCAUGUGUAUAGUCCGGAGAUAUAAAGUGAAAUGCAGACUUAAUAUCAUGGAUAAUGAUAAAUCAGACAUGUUUAUGUUGUAGCAUUGUUGUUUUGAACAUUGAUAAAUGUAUGUGUAAUAUUGUGUAGUUUCUGUUUUUAAAAUGAAUACAAAAUUUGUUGACUACCAUAUGUUUGAAAACUGAGCUAGAUAAUACUUAAUGAUCCAGCAUGUGGGUCCUUGACCUGCAAACCACCUGUAGUAAUACAUACAUGCAUACAUACAUAAAUACAAAUUUUAUUAGUUAUCUCAGUU